AUGACGAAUAUUGUUCCCAUACUAUUGCUCCCCGAUCAUGUUCGGCCGAAUUCAUCCAACCUUCCACUUCUAAAGGCGAUUCAGAAGGUUUUGAAUGAGUCAUACACCGCAACAUAUUGCCGGCAUCCCGAGAUAUUUGGAACCAGGCACAUACGGAUGGCCGACCCAGCGCAACUUGCAGACAUUAUCGGAACCCAAGGCUUCACAAUAGUCCUUGCGAUCAUCACGCCUGGGCAAUCCUACGACGUGGUUGCCACAUGCAGUGUCAAGGAUUUUGGUGAUGGCGACAUCGAAACAUACACCCAGUGGAGCAAGAACCUGAGUGGCGCUCAAUGGGUGAAUCGAAAGACUGCAACCGUUGACAAGGUAACCAAUGAAAACCCGCCAAAGUUCGAGCUCACAGCAUUCGCAGUGUCACCGCGCUAUCAAGCGAUGGGGCUGGGCGCCCGUCUGCUGAACGAAGUGAAAUGGCUAUUGGCUGGCAGAAAAUUUCAAACUAUUGCUGCCGAUACUGCACCCAUAGUACAUGGACUAGGACCAUCGGAUGCCACGUGUAACUCUUGGGUCAACGGCAUUGACCUUCACCAACUGAAGCAAGUCAUGGAAACACAGCAGCCGGAUAACAUUAGCCAGAGCAUCACCAACCCAAAGCUGGUACUGGUGGCCAUCCGAGAACUGGGUAAUGAGCUCUAUUAUCAGAAAAGAGGCUUCAAAACUGUGUGGAGUGGCACGGUACCCAUUGACGCGAUUCAGACCACAUCGAAAUCAGGCGUCAAGUCACUCACAUUCGGUGCCGGUGCAAAUGCCCAAUUGACUCUCGGCCACCACAUGAAGGGCGCCGAAGUGCGCAUUUUGCAACAUACCUAUGAGGUAGUCGCCAAACAGUUCCAUCCCGCGCGCAAGAGUGAGUUCCUUAUGAAACUAGGUGCGCAUGAGGAGCCGUUGUAUAUUGCUUACCCGCCUCAUGAAUCAGGAUCGCGCGGUAUUUGUGCCAUUAUGAAUUUCUUCAAGUAUUGCUUUGCUUCCUUUUUGUUCCUAUUUCUUCUUCCAAUGCUUGCUGCGCUCCGGGAAUACAACCACUGGAACUGGAUCCACAUUCGAAAACCUAAAUGUAAUCUCCCUAAAGUAGAGAUCACGAUUGUCUGCUAG